AUGCUGGAACAUGCAGGGAAGAUGAGUGUUAAAGAAGGGUCAGAUUCUAAAGAAUCAUCAAAGAAUGUGGCAGAUCAGAUUGCAUUUCAAGUUGCUGGUGGAUUAACAGCCCUUGAACACAUCCUUCAAGUAGUGGCCCCAGCCACAAAUGUGAACACAGUUUCACGAAUUCCUCCUAAGUCUCUUUGCAAUGCAAUCAAUGUUUACAACCUCACCUGUAAUAACUGUUCAGAAAACUGCACCGAUGUUCUGUUUAGUAACAAGAUUACCUUCUUAAUGGACCUCCUGAUACACCAGUUGAUGGUUUAUGUUCCAGAUGAAAAUAAUGCUAUUUUGGGAAGAAAUACAAAUAAACAAGUUUUUGAAGGCUUGACAACUGGACUUCUCAAAGUCACUGCUGUGGUUUUYGGCUGCCUGAUUGCCAAUCGACCAGAUGGAAACAGCCGUCCAGCCACACCAAAAAUAUCAACACAGGAAAUGAAAAACAAAUCCUCACAAGUUGAUGCUUUUAACAGUCGAGUUCAAGACCUUAUCAGCUAUGUGGUAAACAUGGGUCUGAUUGACAAAUUGUGUGGCUGCUUCCUCUCCGUGCAAGGCCCAGUAGAUGAAAAUCCCAAGAUGGCCACUUUUCUGCAGCAUGCUGCAGGACUCUUACACGGAAUAUGUAAGCUGUGCUUUGCUGUCACUGGAAGGUCAUAUAGCAUAUUUGACAAUAAUCGCCAGGAUCCCACGGGGCUGACAGCUGCUCUUCAGGCCACAGACCUGGCUGGAGUUCUACACAUGCUCUACUGUGUUCUCUUCCAUGGCACCAUCUCAGACCCCAGCACUGCCAGUCCCAAGGAGAGUUAUACCCAGAACACCAUCCAAGUGGCCAUUCAGAGUUUACGUUUCUUCAACAGCUUUGCGGCUCUUGAUCUUCCCACUUUUCAGUCUAUUGUAGGGGCAGAGGGCUUGUCCCUUGCAUUCCGACACAUGGCCAGCUCCCUGCUGGGCCACUGCAGCCAAGUCUCCUGUGAAAGCCUCCUCCAUGAGGUCAUCGUCUGUGUGGGCUACUUCACUGUCAACCACCCAGAUAACCAGGUAAUCGUGCAGUCUGGCCGCCACCCCACAGUGCUGCAGAAGCUCUGCCAGUUGCCCUUCCAAUAUUUCAGUGACCCACGGCUGAUCAAAGUGCUGUUCCCUUCGCUUAUUGCUGCUUGUUACAACAACCUUCAGAACAAGAUCAUUCUGGAGCAAGAGAUGAGCUGUGUUUUACUGGCCACAUUCAUUCAGGAUUUUGCACAGGCUCCAGGUCAGACAGAUAACCAGUCUUACCAGCCCAAAGGAAAAUGUCUUGGUUCCCAAGACUAUCUUGAGCUGGCUAACAGAUUUCCUCAGCAGGCCUGGGAAGAAGCUCGACAGUUUUUCUUGAAAAAAGAGAAAAAAUAAAUGUUUUGUUUGGUUCUGUGUUUGAGUACCCUGUUAAUAUUUUAAAUUGUUCAAACAAACGUUCCUUAAAAAACUCCUUCUCAUGUGUUUAUACUCUCCCUCUACAGUGUAGAUAUGGUAUAUACUUUGCACUAUUUAUAAUAACUGUAGAUACUUUAAUAUUCUUCCUAAUUUUGCAAGUUUAUUUCAUUUAUACACAAUAUUUUGGAGUGUGUUUAACUUCCAUCCUAUGAUAAUACAUAAUUUUCAUUUGUAAUAUGGGCAAAAUUAGAUACAAAAUUAGCAAGUCAGUUUUGUUCUUGUAAUAAAAUAACUUAUUCUGUUUUCAGUGUUGACUUUUUGUCUUAAGAAAAUACAARUUUGAAAUAAAAGUGUUAAUUCCAGCUCUUAAGUUAUCUUAAAGAUUUAAUCAAAGUUUACCAGCUCUAAA